UCUCAAGCUCACUGAGCCUGCCUACUGACUUGUGGUAGAUAAAGGUUUUGAAAAUGCCCGCCUUGUGUAGCUAUACUACAUACAUAAAGGUGAAAUCGUGAACACUCUCCUAGUGAGACUAAGUACAACUGAAAAUUGUGUGAGGGCCUAAUACCCAGCAACCGGAGUGAUCCGCUUUGCAAUGACAAUGCCGGAGUCUACGACGCUGUUUGAUCAUGCUCUGUGGCGAUAGGGUGGACCGUCACCUUGCUCCUUGUACAAGGUUGUAAUGCACAAAAUGUUACCUAGAACCCUCCUUCGACGUUCUGUGGCCAAUAAGCUCAGAGGGCAGCCAAUUUACAAGGGGACACAUUCUCUCCACCCUGCACCUGCCUCUCCCCCUCCUCCUCCUCAGCUAUCCUCAGGCAGGCCAAACAUGUGGAUUCUUCUUGCUACAAGCAUGACGGGAGGCAUAAUUGGCAGCCUCGCUGUUUUCGGUGCAGGAUACACUUACUAUCACUUUUCUGGCAUCAAACGCGCUGUGGAUGUUUCUAAACAAUUCCGUGUGUACUUGGAGCAAACGAAACAGUCCAUAGUCAACAAACAUUCCAAUGAAAUUGGGAGGCUGGGAGCGAAGGCUAGCGGCCCUCUACUGCAACAAGUGAUAUCCAGGCUCCCGGAUAAAGCCUAUCUCGCGGAAAAGGCUGAUCAGAGUGUGGGGCUGCUCAAAGGCUUUCUUGGGAAGGGGAAAGAUUAAUGGAAACUCCGAGUAAAUAGUUCGUUUAUUCACAAAUUCUCACAGUCAAUAGAUUAUAGUACAUAAGUAUGUAUCUUUGAACUCUGGUGAUGCACUUGUUAUAUUCACUGAGAUCAUGUAUCAAGUAAGUACAGUGUUCAAAUAAACCUGGAUUAUUAGCCUGAGCUUGUGUAC